AUGAAUCCUGAAUACGAUUACCUCUUCAAGCUGUUGCUCAUCGGAGACUCCGGUGUUGGAAAGUCUUGUCUGCUGCUUCGUUUCGCCGAUGACACCUACACGGAGAGCUACAUCUCGACUAUCGGAGUGGACUUUAAAAUCCGCACCAUCGAACUGGAUGGCAAGACCGUGAAACUUCAGAUUUGGGACACUGCUGGCCAGGAACGUUUCCGUACCAUCACCUCAUCUUACUACCGUGGCGCCCACGGAAUCUGUGUGGUGUAUGAUGUGACCGACAUGGACUCCUUCAACAAUGUCAAGCAGUGGCUUCAGGAGAUUGACCGAUACGCCACCGAGGGUGUGAACAAACUGUUGGUGGGCAACAAGAGUGAUAUGGAGGACAAGAAGGUCGUGGAGUACACCGUGGCAAAGGAGUUUGCCGAUAGCCUCGGAAUCCCCUUCCUCGAGACCUCCGCUAAGAACGCAUCGAACGUCGAGCAGGCAUUCUUGACAAUGGCACGACAGAUCAAGGAGCGUAUGGGAACAGCCACCGUCAACAACAAGCCCACUGUGCAGGUUGGCCAGGGCCAGGGUGUUCAGUCUGGGUCGGGAGGUGGCUGCUGUUAG